AUGCCAGCACUAAUCACACUUGAUCUAGUCGCAGUCGCUUUAUUAACCUUGUUAAAUAUGACUGUGGGUCAAGCAACACUUGGGAAAUUUCGUCUUACUGAUGGUGAUGCUUGUUUAGCCUCUUUAUUACUAUACAUUACAUUGAUGCUACAACAAAUUACAGCUCAUUCGAAUUUCUCAUACUUUUUAAACUACAAAUUCAACAAUUGUUCAGCGAAUAAUAAUAACAAGGAUGUUUUGUUGAUUGAUCAAACAUUUUAUCAAGAAAAGUUUGGAAUAUUGUUGGAACUCUAA